GCAGGUACAAUUACCUUACCCUCAGAAGAAGAAUAUGCUACAUUUGGGACGAGAAAAAAAAGUUGCCGGGAUGUUCGUGCAGGGGCACACUGUAACCCGGAAGUACUGAAGGGAGUACAAGGGGCACUAAGUAGACGGGUGAAAGAUGUAACUAAUGAUGAGAAUUUGGCCCCUGGAAUUGUUCGGAACUACUAUUAUGCUUGCACAAAGGAUGUGGGCACCCUGGAUUAUUGGAAACCUUGUUAUUUUUUGUUCUUCUGGAUAUGUACUCAAAUAAAGAACAAAUUGAAGACAUAUGGAACUUUUGGGCAUACCAUGGACGCAAUUUACAGAGAAUUGGAUAAAUUCCCAUGGGGGGGGGAUAUAAGCAAAAACAGGAAUAAGUGCACUAAUAUAUACCCUGAUAUUAUGCAAUAUAAAUGCGAAGAGAUUAAAAAAUUAUUUGAUUACAAAUAUAACAUUGGUGCUCUACAGAAGAGAGUCAAUUGUAAUGAUUAUUCCACUAAUCCAAUGUAUGCCGCACAGCUGAAGGGGAAUGCGCAGGGAGGCUAUUCAUUGUCAUGUAGUGAUUGUACGAAAGAUAAGAAUGAUUAUUGUAGAGAAUUUAGGAAGGAGCACCCAAGCUGUGGGACUAAGAAGGAACUACCAAAAUUAGAAUGCCCUGACGUCAGCACACGCGCAGAAGUAUCUCACGAUCUCGAAGCAGUAGGUGGUUACAAGACAAAGGGGGACGUAGAUGUAUCAUUACCAAAAGUGGAAGGUGACCUAAAAGGUCCAGAAGUAGAUAUAAAAGGUCCAAAAGCGGAUAUAUCAUCCCCUGAUGUGGAUUAUACCAAUUUAUUUUCUGGAAUGAGAAGUAACUAUUCUUCUGGCAGAGGCAGCAGAAGGAGGAGAUCAGUUGAACCUAACAUUGGUGCAUUCACAGACGAAUCUACUGAAUACAUGACGAAUUAUACCACCGAAGAUUCCACAACAAUAGGUGACUCAACAGAUGAAUCUACCGUUUAUGGCGGACAAUCUGGUCAAAGACGAAAUAAUGGGAGGUCGCAGGGGAAGAAUAUUCGUUAUCAACGUAUAUAA